AGCAGUUCUUUUGCAAGAGAACCUAUCGUGCGCUCACCUGCGUUAGUUCAACCGACAAUCAACAAGAAGAGCAACAACAAAAAUGUUUCUCGGCGGCUUCGUUCCUCGUCGCUUUGCGCAGUUCAAUCGCGACCCGUUCUGGAUGUUCUUCAUCUUCUCGGUUGGUGCGUGGAUUGGCGAGUACCCGGCGAUGCAGAUCAAGUACAACGCUCGUGACCUCAUCUUAGACCCUCACCGUUACGUGUGGUCGCACCUGGAUGACCACCACUAA